AUGUCCAGUAGCACAGAGGGUAAGAGAUCCCAGCAGACUGAAGAUAGCAGAAUUACGUUUGGUGGAAGAGAACUAAGUGCAAGGGGGGUGACAGUGUCGUCACAAAACGAGAUUGUUGUGGCCGACAAUUUCAACAAAAGAAUCCAAGUCUACAACGUGAAAGGUGUUUUUCUCCGUAACUUCUCAACAGAAGACAAGUAUCCUAUUGACGUUUCAGUGGACCGUAACGGUCACCUGUGGGUGAUUUGGAGCCUCUUCCACGAGUCUGUCUAUAAGUAUGAGCCAGGUAUCUCUCAGUUUCAAACGGAUGGUAGGAAGCUUGCUGAGUUUGACGGCCGAAUUACCGGUACCGAAUAUUGGUUUGCGAUUACGUACACCGGCAUUGUCAUGGACUCACAAUCAGACAACAUCAUCGUGACUGGAGGUCAACAAGGUAUUGGAGACAAUUGGAGGGUGUGGGUGUACCGGCCAAACGGAUCCCUGGUUCGCAGGUUCGGACAUAGGAACAUGAGAUUGCCAACCUCUGUUGCAGUGGAUAAUGAGGGGAACAUUUUUAUUGCAGACGGUCGUUUGCUAAUCAUCUACAAAUAUGACAAGAACGGGCGCUACCUAUUUGAUUUUGACGACAAGGGGACUGGAACACGUUUCGUAUUCCAUUUUAAGGGCGUCUGUGUCGAUAAUUUAGGUCAAGUAAUAGUGACCAACGCGGACAACAAUCGCGUAGAGAUGUUCACACGUAACGGCACUCAUAUCAGGACCAUCGCUAAUGUAAGCAAACUGGGGUACGUGGCUACAGGAAAAGAUGGACAGCUUGUUGUGGUGAAUCCUUCUGAUGACACUGUGACUAUCUUUCCCAGCUAUUAA